GAUUGCGUAGCAGCUGGAUGUGUUAAUUUUCGCUAAUGGAAUCCAAAAGGAAAUUUAAGCGCAAGGUCGUGAAUGGGAAUCCGUCGGCAUACAAGAGCAAAUUUUUCCGAUUUGACGUGCGUAAUGAACAGUGCGAGCGCCUGCUAAGAAACAGUUUCCGAUCAAACAACUGCCUGUCGCAGCUGGGACUGGGAAUACUCGUGCAAGAGCAACAGGAAACUGCGCCGGUAUCGGACAAAACGUGUGCCAUAAUGUCCAACAGUAACAUCAAUUGUCCUAAGGGGCGCAGUCCAUUAGCCAAUGUAUCAAAUCAAACAAAAAGCAAUAGUUGUUAUUCUUCUGCUAAUCCAACAGCAGGCCCGAUUCCGAACAGCAACAGUGAAACCAAUCUGAGAAAGUACGUUGGUUUUUUGAAUGAAGAAACAUUCUUCUUAUAUCGAAGACGACCGACAAAGCAAACAAAUUGUAUCGAUUAUUUUAAUCGGCUAUCAGACGAAAUGAUGCUCCAGAUAUUCCGUUGGUUGCCGAAGAAGACACUUAUGCGAUGCAGUCAGGUUUCCAAGCGCUUCAACCGAGUGUCUCAAGACGAGACCUUAUGGACACGGUUAGAUCUCUCCUGUAGAUCCCUUCGUGAAGGUGCUCUCGGAAGAGUGAUCUCUCGAGGAACUGUGAUUUUGCGAUUAGCACAGACACAAAUAUCUCAUCCGGUGUUUGCGAUGAAUAGUGAAGAACCUCAACGUCUAACGAAGUUACAGUUUCUAGAUCUAAGUAUGUGUUCGAUCGAGCUUAACACACUCCAUGAAUUGCUCUCUAACUGCAAACUUCUGCGGAAACUGAGUCUCGAAAACGUGCCACUAAAUACAAAAUGCUGUCAGGAUAUUGUUUGCAACGAAAAUCUAGAAGCGCUCAAUCUGACCAUGUGCGAAGGCCUUAAAGAUUCCGAUGUGACCCUGCUGAUGCAGAAACUGACUAAACUGCACAGUUUAAAUAUUUCUUGGACCCACCUCGACCGACUGUCGGUGGAAGCACUUGUGAACAACAUAACGCCCUCAUUGUUGCGACUAAAUGUCGCUGGUUGUCGCCAAUCGAUGAGUGAUACAUUACUAGAAAAACUGAUAACUCGGUGCCCGGAUUUACUCGAGCUGGAUCUCUCUGACUGUACGCAGCUAACCUCGCAAACCAUAACACUAGUUUGUAAGCUGACCAAGUUGGAAUAUCUGUCAUUAUCCCGCUGUUACAACAUCAAUGUCACUUCCUAUUUGCAGCUGAGCGACAUGCACUCGCUGCUGUUUUUAGAUGUAUUCGGGCUCUUGUCCGAACAAGCCAUCACAAUGCUGCAGACAUCGUUCCCCGGCGUUGGAAUCAACAAAUUUAUGCAUAGUUCGGUAGCACGGCCAACCGUUGGCACCCGGAGAACCUCGAUCUGGGGGCUCCGAACACGGGACUGAUGGAAUCGGCAAACUACAUUGUAAAGACUAGAUCGGAUACUAGCUAAUUGCUUAGCGAUUAGAGUUCAUACUGAUGUUUUAUUUAAUUUCACGUUCAAAAACAAAUGCACAUCUACGCCUAGGAGAUGAUAAAUACAAUAGAAUGAAUACUUUUAUUUCAUAGAA